CAAGGGAUAUCUUUUAGAUGACACAAUUCAUGAAGCCAUUGUUUAUACAAUGCCAUUCCAGCUUAUGCAAACGUUUGCCUAUAUCUGUGCUUAUGGCCUUCCCUCAGAUGCUCUUAAGUUAUAGAAUGAUAAUUUACAGUACUUGACAGAGGACAUUUGCUAUGAGUGAUAUCUCAAACAGGGUGAAUGUCAAAGAUGUGCCGAGAUGAACUUAAGGAUGUAAAAGAUACCCUGACUCUUCUUGGUCAUUCACUCUGCAAUUUCAAUUUACCUGAUGUGGGCUAUGAUUUGCCAAGUAUGAAUCAGAUUAUCUAUAAUUCAGACGUUGAGCAGGAGGCCGCAGAUGAGAUAAUUAGAUCUUUGAAUGACGACUAACGACAAGCAUUCACAAUGAUAAUCAACGCUGUGAAUGAUGAAGCGAUCUACCCUAAAUGUUUUUUCCUGGUUGGACCCGGAGGAAGUGGGAAGACAUAUUUGUAUUGAACUCUUCUUCAUUACUUUUGAGCAAGGAAUGAAAUUGUCAUCCCCACAGCAUCAACCGGAAUUGCGGCAAACUUGCUUAGUGGAGGUAGAACUUAACAUUCUCUGUUUAAGUUACCAUUAGAAGUCAAUGAGACAUCCAUUUCAAACCUGGGUUUGGAGUCGAAAGAUGGAAGAGAUAUUAGAGUAGCGAAGUUGCUUAUCGUGAAUGAAUGCACCAUGGCAUCGAGCCAUGCUAUGAAUGCCAUCGACAGAAUUCUAAGAGAGGUAACUGGACAUCAAAUUCCAUUUGAUGGGAAGGUAAUGUUACUUGGAGGUGACUUUCAGCAAUGCUUAAACAUUCUCCAGCACACAAUGCGACCAGCGAUUGUCCAGUCUGGACUUAAGUAUUGCAAUUCUUGGAGCUACUUUAAGAAACUCACAUUGCAUACCGAUAUGAGAUCACAGGACCCUAAAUAUAGUAAAUGGCUGUUGAAAUUGGGAAACAGCACUUUGGGGAAUUUUUUUGAACUUGAACACACUAUUGAAGUUCCCCUGAAUUUCUUUGUGAAAAUGAUUUGGUGAAGGAGGUAUUUGGCGUGCAAAUAACUCCUAUGAUACCAACAAUUAAAAAUAGGGCUAUAAAAUAUAUAUAGGGCAUUACUUUGCCCUAAAAAUGCUGACAUCGACAGAAUCAAUGUUGAAGUUUUGAAACUUUUACAUGAGCAUGGGGAAAAACUUAUUACAGCUAUGAUGAGCUACAAACUGAUUAUCACUAGGAACGAUUAAAUUACCCAAUCGAGUACCUGAACAGUGUAUGUGCAACUGGAUUACCUCCUCAUGAACUCCACUUGAAGGUUGGAACUAUCAUAAUGCCGCUGAGGAAUCUUAACACAAAAAGGGAAUUGUGUAAUGGAACUCGAUUAGUCAUGAUGAGUUUGAGAGAUCAUGUCAUUGAAGCUGAAGUGCUUACUGGGUCUGGAUUGGGACAGAUAGUCCUUAUACCACGAAUUGAUUUGACAAAUUAUGGUUCUGAUUACCCAUUCACCCUGAAACAAAGACAGUUUCCUGUGAAGGCUUCGUUUGUGAUGACCAUCAAUAAGUCACAAGGACAGACCCUUGACAAGGUUGGAAUUUUUUUGUCUGAAUCCGUUUUUGGACAUUGACAACUUUACGUUGCUUUCUACAGAGUAAGGAGAGCAACCAAUGUGAAAAUCAAGAUACUGAAAAUUUCAGAACAAGGCAAAUUGAUUCAAAAUAAUAAUAAUUUUUUUACCAAAAAUGUUGUGUAUAGAGAAGGUUUAUGAC